CAUGCACAAGCAAGAUUUCGAAAAUGUCUCACAGAGCAGUAUUAGCAGCAAUGCGCCACCAACUAUCACGCCAACUAAAGAGUUUCACGAAUUUAACAAUACCACAGAUGUUACCUGUCCAAGCUUGGAAACACCUGUCGAUCAAAAUAUUAUACAAUCUACUUUGCCAAAGGCGCGUCCAGCUUCUGCACUGACGAGCAACAACUAUUCUAGUCUUCCAUGUUGCGGUGCGCGCUCCACAUCAUUGGAUGGCAAAACGACGCGUGGCGUUAGCUGUAAUGGUGAACGCAACAAGUUGGGCAUCGAUAUAAGCGCGGUACAUAAUGCGGUAUUACGUGGCGGAUUGGCAAAAUUACCAGAGCCAAUUUUAAAUGAGCAUCCCGUUACUAUAUACCCCGGCCGUUAUUCACCACCAACCGAGAACAAACGGAACCCUAAUCGUCCAACGCGCAUAUUAUCCUCUGUAGAGAAACACAAAGAAGUUUGCCACAUACUUAAUCCCUUGUCAUCGAUUUCCUCGUCAUCCUCCUCGUCAAGUUCGAAUUGUAUGGGCCUGAUGGAUGGCGGUAAAGUGACGGAAAUGCCGCAUAAUAUUAUGAAAAAGCCAUAUAUACGUAAGGACAAAGUUACAAAUGAAUUUAGUUUAGUAAGUGAAGAUGAAUUCUCGGACGAUUCGAUUGAGGAGCAAUCAUUAUCGCCAAUUACAUCACACUCCUCACCGCAUAAACAAAGUGGCAUUGCGUGGGAGAUACAUUUUAAGAGCAGUAAAAAGAAGUUGAAAAAUUCAUCGAAGAAAAAGCCACCACGUAAACAUGCCGCCGAUUGUAUUGUCAAAACGGAAAAUGGUGGCUAUCCUCUACCCAUAGUGACUAGUGACUCUUAUUAUUCCAAAGAUAUUGAACGCGCUCAUCGGCGAGAACCGAUUGUCAUAGAUGCCUUGGAUGGAGCAGAUCAAUGUUCAGCAGCCUCAGCGGAUAUUUUAAAUCACUGCAUGUACCGUCAUACAAAUAUGUUGGGCAAAGGUACAUUCAUAAUACGGCGGACCACAAAGAAACUACCAACAACAAUGGAUAUAUUCCGCAAUGAAAGCGCAGAAUUAGAUAAUAUGCACGCAUGCGAUCAAAGUGACUAUGAAGAGUUUUCCUCAAUGGAAGGUCAUGAGAACUGUAAGCCGAGCGACACAUUGAGUUCCAGCUCUAGACUUAGUAUGGAAUUGGUAGCACCACUGGGACCACCAUUGCCAUCGCCGAGAGAUCGACUUUCUUUAAAUCUUGAACCACAAUUACCAAAUAUUUUUACCAAAGAAAUAUUGGCUGUGCACAAAGGAGAUCGCUCAUCUUCCGAAGAGCUUUUGGCACCUAUUAAAAAGACAUCGCUUAAAAGAGAAACUAAAAGACGCAGCACCGAUUCUAUUAAUACGAAGUCUUCCAGCUACGAAGAAGCCGACGAUAAUGAACCUAACGAAAGUGCUAUUUUGUUUUCGAACAAAAAUAGUUUCGACGCUUGCAAUAUGUACGCUUAUAAAAACGAUGCCGCAAGCUGUUUGAAAGGGCAAGAAUUUGCAGAUUUGCGCCCGUCCACAACAACGACUCCACAUACCGAUCUCGCACCAACACUUGAGGAGGAGGAGGAGCAAUAUAGUGAUUUUAGCUAUAGUGGUGCACCUGUUAAGCAACAUGAAAAAAUCGAUAGCGAUAUAAACGCGCUACUGCGCGGAGAUAUCGCUGCGGUACGUAUCGUUGAAGGCGGUGCGCAUCCUAAACGUCCACUCGAAUUUCGUCCCGGUGUGCAUAAGUCGGAGAGUGCAAAGGAGAUGUUAUUGUCUCAAAGUGCAUUCGGUCCAUUGCCGCCAUCGCCACCUUCAUCCAAUCCAGACUUAUUUGACUACGAUGCUCUACCACUGCCACCAUCUCCGAAGGAUGCACUUCUAGCUAGCGAGGGUAAUCGCAGUCUUGUGAAAAGCUAUAAAAAGACGACAGCUGCUGAAAUUCAUACGCCUUCCUCAUUGGGCGAUGAACGUCGGAAUCGUGACAAUAUGAACGCUUUGCGUUAUCUAAGCAACGAUUUGCCGCCACCGCCACCACUACCACCGCCCGCAUUUGAGAAUAUGGCACCGAUUGUGCCACCACAUCGUGGACAUUCGGUGAAUACGAUGAAAUCUUGGUCCAUCGAUUCACAUUAUAAGAAGAAAUCACCGAAAAUGUUAGGUUAUGGUAGUGGCAUUACAACGCCAACGGGCUCCCAAUACGAUGGUUCGUACUCAACGAAACGUUACGUUAACUAUGGCACCAAACGGAGCCUGAAGCAGUCGCCACGCGAAGAAUUGCGUUUGCAAACUUCAUGCAGUCUGCCGGAGACACCAAUUUUUGCACGAGGAAGCUGUGACAUACCACGCACACCCUUUAGACGGCAACCGGAAAGUAGCAUAAGUGGUUCCCGCACAGCACCACGCUCCAGCACAUCACACAGUAUUAAUAUGGGUAAUACAAUGGGUGGCAUUUCGGGUGGUGGUAACACAUUCGGUGCUGGCAUGUGCCGCCAACGUUCCAUGAAUCAUGCGCUUGCCUCCAAUGAGAUGCUGCGCUUGGCCGGUGCACCAGCACGUGGCUGGUAUCCAAAACAACGUACUAUGCGUCCAGCAUCGACUGAGAAUAUUGAUCGCUUGAGUUCAUCGCGUGUCUGGGAUAGUGCAGCUGGUAUGUCUGGUACCGGACACUCAAGGAAACCAUUGACGCUGCCACCCAACUUAACGCCAUCAUUUUUGAAUAAGUCACCACGAGAAGCUUUACGACGCGUUACUAGUCUCUUGAUAGCGAAAAAGAAAAAUACUAAAGAGCGCAAGGGCAAGCCAUAUUCGGAUACCACACUUGAUGGAAAUUUGACUUUCGAUCAAGACACUCCACUCCCGCCGCCCAAAGACAGUUCGCGGAAUUUCAACAAUACGUCACAGAAGCCUCAGAAGAAAAAAGGCCUUUUUAAAAGCUUAUGGAAGAAAACAAAACACUUUUCGUUAGAUCAAUAAGUAACAAUAAUAGUACACAAAUAAACUGUAACAAUACAGAAUUUUUACACAUUUAGCACACAAAAUCCUCCUACCCAUCCAUCCAAAGAGCCACACAAUCAACCACACAACUACACAGUCACACGUACAUACAUACUCACAUUCAAACAUAACCAUAUUUAUGUAAGAGAGUUGCACAUUACCGAUUAUCAUCUACAUACAUAUUUAUUAUCGUUAUAUACUCACAGUUAGCAUAGGUAAGUUAUAGUCGUUGAUAUGAUGCUCAUAAUUAGGUACUAUAUACAUACAUACAGACGGACAGACAGACAGACAGACAGACAGACAUGCAUACUUUAAAGUUUAAACAGAAAGCAUUAUUAAAUGCUAUGCCAGGCAAAUUUUUACAUAACAUAAAUAUACAUACACACUUAAAUACACGCAUACAUACAGACAUAAGUAUUAUUGCCGGAAUAAAAGCAUCAAUACAUAAAAUUAUGAGUACAUUAAAUGAAAAUGAAAGUAAUUAAAAUAAUAAUAUGAACACAGAGUAUAGAAAUGCACAAAGCCGCAAAACUAAAGACUGAAUUUAAAAAAGGAACAAAAAUUAAUUAUUGAUAAAUCAAAUAUAAGACACAACUCAGUUCAGCUUCACAUAACUAAAACUGAAAACAAACAAAAAAAAAAUAUUACAUAUAAAACAAUAUCUUCUCAUUUUUUAAGAGUUAACGAAAAUAAAAAUAAAUACAAAAUGUUCAGACUUGCACGAAUCUAAUAAAAACUAAUAAAACUUUCGUCAAACAACUUUGGUACCAGCAACUAUGUACGUAGAACUUACAGCCAAAAUUCCGAGACUUACUUGUGUAAAUUGACUGUAACUAAUUAGAAUUUAGCCAUACAUUGAAGAAGAAGAAGAAGAAGAAGAAGAAGAAGAACAGGAACAAAAGCCAGCAAACAUUAGAGGCAAAACUGCCUAGUCAUAAAAUGAAGAUUUUUUUUUUUUUAGAAUAAUGUACUUAUUUUCUACACUCUUCCAACCUACAUUGUAGUGACAACAACUACACUAGAAAUACAUACAUACAUACUUACAUACUUACGAACGUGUGUUGGGUUAUAUUUACUAUUUAGUGAACGAAUACUUUUAGCAUUUGAAUGCAUGUUUUCGUAUAGUCUUUACUUUAGUUUUUUAAGUACAUAUACGAAAGUAUUUUGAGAAAAAAAAAAAAGAAAGUAUAUUUUGAAAAAGGUCAAUCCUCUUUUAAGCAAUAUUUGGCUAUCUUUCAUAUUGUAUGUACUAUGAGACCGAUAAAAUACAAGUAUGUAAUAUCCUUCAUUUAUUUAAAGUAUACCUAUGUAUGUAUUAUUAGACAUUUUUAUAAAGCAAAUAAAGUUAGCAAGAAAACAAAAGCAGUUAGUAGGAAAGCACCAAAUUGUAAAAUCACUCAAAUUAACUUAUUUUUAUGAACGUUAGAUGUUCUUCUACAACUUAAUACUGAGAAAACUUAGGUCAUGUUUACAGCUAUCAACGAAUGGAAAUAAGGACGACCUGCAAUGCCUGCAAGUAGUUUGUCAGGCACUUAAAAGAAAUAUGUACAUAUGUCCAUACAUAUACUCUAAUCAUUCAAGCUCAUUUGGAGAAUGACGAGGAUUUUAUAAAGUACUUAUGAUAAUUACAGGUAAAGCAAAAAAACUAUAAAAAUCGUCCACAAAUAAAGAAAUCGUCAUCUGAUUGUCCAUUUCGCGUACAGAUGGGAGCAACUGAUUAAAAAAAAAAUUUAAGCAGAGUCCAA